GAAGGGAGCUGGUAUCGUUGUUGUGGCCAGCGCCAUGGAGCGCUACGCCAGCUCCUUGGAGGAGUCGGUGGACGGGGCCCGACAGCAAGAAAAGCACUACCAACUGCUGUCGGCGCUGCAGAGCCUGGUUAAAGAGCUACCCAGCUCCUUUCAGCAGCGCCUGUCCUAUACCACUCUCAGCGACCUAGCCCUGGCGCUCCUUGACGGCACCGUCUUCGAGAUUGUGCAGGGGCUACUGGAGAUACAGCAUCUCACCGAAAAGAGCCUCUACAACCAGCGUCUACGACUACAGAACGAACACCGAGUUCUCAGGCAGGCCCUACGGCAGAAGCACUUAGAAGCCCAGCAAGCCUGCCGGCCCCACAACCUACCUGUGCUCCAGGCAGCUCAGCAUCGGGAGCUAGAGGCAGUAGAGCAUCGGAUCCGGGAGGAACAACAUGCAAUGGACCGGAAGAUUGUCCUGGAGCUGGACCGGAAAGUGGCUGACCAGCAGAGCACACUCGAGAAGGCAGGGGUAGCUGGCUUCUAUGUGACUACCAACCCACAGGAGCUGACACUACAGAUGAACCUGUUGGAACUUAUCCGGAAGCUGCAACAAAGGGGCUGCCAGACAGGGAAGACAGCCCUGUGAUCAGGUGGGGACCCCUGCUGGCCACCACUACCAGCAUUGCUGGGAAUACAGCCCUGUCUACCAUCAUCAGAAAGAUGCAAAGAACUUAUCUUCCUGGUAUUUGGCCAUUUGCCAGCAAGCAUCACCAUUCUAAGAUCAAGCCAGGUUCAUCUGGCUGCACCUGUCACCCACCUUUGCCUGGGUUUUUUGUGUAAGCACUAGGAUGGUGUCAUGAAAAGGAGGGAGGCCUAGCCUACCAGCUGUCUCCCCCAGUGCUUGGUGGAGAGCAGGGUUGUUGGUUCUAUACCUUCCCCAUUCCAUGGGCACAUCCCAACCUCUGCCAGGUCCCAGGUUUUGAGUUUGUUUUGGUCUUGGCCUCUCCUUUGGCAGCUGAAGCCCCCAAAUAAAAAGAAUUCCAAUGCACAAAUCCUGUGAUCCAAAGAAAUAAAGGCCCAUGCACUUGG